CAUGAAAAUAACAUGUAAAACAACAAAAUUUAACAUAAAAAUAAAGGACGUACCCAUGUUCCUGAGGAGGAAGGUUAUCAACAAAAACAACCUGAAGCGGGUCCGUUCGUUGUUUUCCCACAUAUUUCCCAUCACCAGUAAAGAGCUUCUCCCUUUUGUAAUGAAGUCCAAGAAAAUAAAGAAAUGUAGGAAGCAACACAGAAUAGCACUCUACAUCCUUAAGAAUAUCAGCAUCAAUCUGUGGAGACCUUAUACAAUUAUGUUAAAAAAAAAAGAAUAUAUAAACCUGAUCAUGAUGAAGGGAGAAGAACUUUCUAACAAGAAAUUCUCGGUCAAAAGAAUUAUCAGCCUUCCACUUCAACAUCCGAGGAAUCGUAGAAAUCAAGGAAUCAUCUUUCAAACAAAUAAGACCCAAAGCAUUGUUACAAAUUUCAUAAAACCACCAUUGAAGCACAACGAUAAGACCCCGACACUUAUUGUAAACAGAAGUCUUAGUUUCAGAAAUCUUCCCGACAAUAUGCGAAAUAAAAUAUUCAAAUAUCUCUUUGCCCCAAGGAUAAUCAUUACAAUCUUCACUAUCAAUGAUAGCAACAUAGAUAUUCAACUGAACCGCAACAUCAAGGAUGCACUUAUAGCAGAGGAAAAAUUCUUCCGCAGCCGACCAGUUUACAGUGAUCUUGCUGAUCGUUGUGGGGUGCGCCAGUUGGCCAAGAAGUUGAACCAGAUUCUGGUACAACAUAUUAAGACAGUUCUCCCUGGGUUGAAAUCACGAAUUAAUGCUGCGCUUGUCUCUGUUGCGAAGGAGCACGCAAGCUAUGGAGAAAUUGCUGAAUCAAAGGCUGGGCAGGGAGCACUUCUGCUUAACAUUCUUUCCAAAUACUCCGAAGCGCUCUCUUCAAUGAUUGAAGGAAAAUGUGAAGACACAUCAACAUCUGAGCUGUUUGGUGGUGCAAGAAUCCAGUACAUUUUUCAAAAUAUAUUUGUGAAGUGCUUGGAGGAUGUAGAUCCUUGUGAGGAUUUAACUGAUGAUGACAUCCGAACUGCCAUUCAUAAUGCUACUGGUCCUAGGUCUGCAUUAUUUGUGCCAGAAGUUCCUUUUGAAGUGUUGGUCCGAAGACAAAUUGCACGUUUGUUGGAUCCAAGUCUUCAGUGUGCUAGGUUCAUCUAUGAUGAACUUAUUAAGAUGAGUCAUCGAUGCAUGGUAAAUGAGCUCCAACGCUUCCCAUUCUUGCGAAAAUGCAUGGAUGAUGUUGUUGGAAAUUUUAUGCGAGAAGGCCUUGAACCAUCACAGACAAUGAUAGGACAUAUUAUUGAAAUGGAGAUGGAUUACAUAAACACUUCCCAUCCAAAUUUCAUUGGUGGUAGUAAAGCUGUAGAGAUGGCAUUGCAAAUGGUCAAGUCAUCCAAGAUAAUAGUACCCAAUGGAAAACAAAAGGAAAUAGGAGAUUCGGAGAGAGCAGCAGCAACGGAUAGAAAUCUGAAGUCUCGGUCUAUAAUUGGACGGCAAGUGAAUGGAGUUUCUGAGCAAGUAAGUAUCUCUAGCACUGGUGGCUCAAGUUGGGGCAUAUCUUCAAUUUUCGGUGGACAUGAUAAUCACAGUUCAGUCAAAGAGAACUCAACUAGCAAACCAUCUCAUGAACCUCUUCAUAUCAUGGAGCAGAGCUGUUCAAUGAUUCAUUUAAGAGAGCCUCCUAGUGUACUGAGACCCACUGAAGCACAUUCAGAUCAAGAAGCCAUUGAGAUUACUGUUACAAAGUUGCUACUUAAGUCGUACUAUGAUAUCGUGCGGAAGAACAUUGAGGAUUCUGUACCUAAAGCAAUUAUGCAUUUUCUGGUGAACCACAUCAAGCGGGAGCUCCAUAAUGUUUUCAUCCAGAAUCUUUACAGAGAGAACUUGUUCGAGGAAAUGUUGCAAGAACCGGACGAGAUCUCCUCAAAGAGAAAGCGUACUCGAGAGACACUUCGGAUCCUGCAGCAGGCCUUUCGUACGCUGGACGAACUGCCGCUAGAAGCAGAAUCUGUCAACAGAGGAGGUUAUAGCUUGAGUACUGACAAAAUGGGCCUCCCAAAGACUCACUCAAAGUCACGCAAGUCGGGCGAGUCUCACUCAGUGUUUUAG